AUGGCCGAGCCUCCGGCCACCGCCUGCCCCGCCGAGCUGGAGCUCGCGCGGGCGCGGUGCCGCGCGCUGCACGACCGCCUCGCCGCGUCGCCCGCCCCGCCGCGCCACCCGGCGCUGCGCUCCCUCCUCCGCCUCGUCGCCGCCGAGCUACGCUUCCUCACCAACCCCCCGGACCCCGCGGCCGCGAGGCCGCUCUCCUCCAACCUGCCCCACCUCGGGGCGCUCCACCGCCUGCUCACCCACCCCGCCGUGCGCGCGCCGUCCCGCCUCGCCCCGCUCCCGGGCGUGGACUUCGCGUGCGCCUUCCGCUCCCGCGCCGCCUGGGUGCUCCUCUCCGGCCGCAACCCGUCGGGUCUCCGGUGGGCCCCGCGCCACCGGGGCAUCCGCCCCCGCGUCGCGGCUGUCCUGGAUUCCGCGCGCUCCGCUCCGCCGGCCACCCGCCCCGAGAAGCUGCUGCUCGCCUUCGCACGCGGCGUCGGCGCGGACGUCGUGCGCGGGCUCGCGGAUGAGUUCGGGGCCCUGGAGAUCGACUUGCUAGCGGAAUUCGUGGACGACACCGAGGAGGAUGGCUGGGUCAGCGUCAGCUUCCACCCCGAUGAGGAGAUGAGAAGCUUUAGGGCGUUCGAGAUUGACAUCGUGGAUGGUGGUGGUGCUGAAGUACUGCCACAGCCACCGCCCCAGGUGGUGAACCUGAAUGUGCGUAGUGACGACACGUUGGAGGGUUGUUUUGGUGACUUCUUGGGGAAGAUGAGGAUGGACUCGAUGGAGCUCGUGAAUUUGGACACCACUGCUCUUGUUGCCAUCGUAUCAGGUAUCAGCAAUGGCGGGGUGGGGAAGCUGAUGAGUGCGCCGGAAGCCGAGACCAGGGGGAGGUUCAAAUGCAACUACAAGUUCGUCAUGGAUCAGGCGCAAUCUGAACUCCAGUAUCCAAUAUUUGUUGAGUUAGGGAAAGCAGUGGAUGGAAAAAAAUGUAUCAUAUGUGAAACAGUUAGCUCAGAGUUCACAGAAAUUGCUUCAAUGUGCGGUGGACCUGAGGAGAAAGCCAGAGCAAGUCAAUUACUGAAAAAACUUAUAAUAGUCUCGGACAGUCCUUCACCACGCAUGAUGGAUCUUCCAACAACAAGGAAGCUUGCGAUGAAAAACAAAGUUGUCUUUGGUACAGGUGACCACUGGCGCGCACCCACUCUGACUGCUAACAUGGGGUUUGUAAGAGCUGUUUCACAGUCUGGUAUGCCAUUGUUGACCAUUGAGCACAAACCCCGGGCGCUGAUUGGCUUGUGAAGGCAUAAUGUUACAGUCCUGAAGCUGUAGUAGUAACUGAUGCUUGUUAUUCCUACAGCUGUGGUUUUGUAAAAUAUUGUAGUUCAGUGGAGCCAUAUUUUAUAGAAGGCAGAUGGAUGAUAUCUCUACAUCUUAUUUUACUGAA